CCAGAAGUUACGAAAAUUACAAACAAAAGGAAUGAGAAAUUAGCUUAUUUCCCCAAAACUGUCAAACAUUUCGACACUUUACUUAACUGUAAGGCUUUAUAUUGAGAAUCGACUACUAGUGCUUCACAGUCAUAAGUUUUCAACAAUUUUCAAUUUAUAAAAUACAUAAGUGAACUGCUCUCGGAUUUGCUUCAUUUGUUCAUGAUGGACUCCGGUAACUAUGACAAUGAUACCAAGACUUCAUGCUGUCCAAUCAUUUCCAGAAAAAGGCGAAAAUCUUUCCCCUUAGGGAUGACAUGGAGACGCAUAUCGACGGGUGAUGAUGAUGCGUUCAGUGCAAAACGCCGCUUGGUUGAGAAAAAUGGCGAUCGCAACAUCAUACAGACUGAUAUCCACCGGCGAGGACAUAGUUAUCUGGCGGACAUCUUCGUUACCCUGGUGGAUGCACAAUGGAGGUUUAUACUCCUUAUGUUUCUUGGUGGAUUUAUAUUAUCAUGGAUGAUAUUUGCGCUAUUGUGGUGGCUUAUUCUGCUCGUUCGUGGUGACUUUUACCAUAUUGGUGAUGAGAACUGGACACCGUGUGUGGACGAGGUGGUUGAUUUCCCAACGGCCUUGUUAUUUAGUAUUGAGACUCAACAUACAAUCGGAUACGGCAGCAGGGCAACUACAUCUAAAUGCCCUGAAGCAAUCAUCCUCAUGAUGCUUCAGUCAGUUGGAGGGACACUUAUGACGGCUAUUCUUACCGGCAUUGUCUUCUCCAAGAUUCAGCGUCCAAAGCGACGUUCUCACACGUUAAUCUUCAGUAAGAACGCCGUCAUCUGCAUGCGUGAAGGCAACUUGUGUUUACUCUUUCGUGUUGGUGAUAUGAGGCGCGAGCAUAUGAUUGGGACGCAAAUCAGGGCGAUAAAAGUUAAGAAAGGUGUCACAAAAGAGGGCGAGGUCCUUCCAUUAUUUGAACAGGACGUUCCCUUCCAUGUACCAUCCAACGGUGUCCUUUUCCUGGUAUGGCCUACGAUGGCCUGUCAUAUAAUCGACAAGAGCAGUCCAUUCUUUAACAUCUCUGAGGAUGCUCUUAAACGUGAGAAGUUUGAGCUUAUUGUCAUCAUGGAAGGAACUAUAGAAUCCACGGGAAUGACAACCCAGGUCAGAACAUCGUACCUUCCCUCUGAAAUUCUUUGGGGGCACCGUUUCAGACGCCUUACCAUGUAUCAAAAAGACACUGGCGAGUAUCAAAUACGAUAUAACAAUUUCCAUUCUUCAGUUCCUGUUGAUACACCAUCCUGUUGUGCAAGAGAGAUGAUCGAAGAUCCCAAUAGCGCCCUUAAUUUGAUGCCCUAUCAGUCAGACUAUGAAGAAACAAUCCCUCCGCAACAUUCGUCAAUCCAUCCUCCAAUUCCAAAUUUUAACAGAGGUGUAAGCUUCAAAGAUACAGUCCAUGAGGUCAAUGAUUUCAACUUUGAAGAUGAUGAUACUUUGACAAAAACUAAUGAAAAUGAUCAGCUGAUUCUACAAACCAAUACACUUGAAACAACGCCUUUAGUUGAUGCAAGCAAAGAUACAACAAGCAAAGAUACAACAAGUAAAGAUACAACGAUGAAUGAACAAACAGAUUCUCCAAUUAACGAUGAACUGACCCAGGUGAAAAGGAAAGAAGAUUCAGACAAACCAUGGAUCAUAAAGUGCUCAAAUGGCAAUAAAGUGUUCAUGGUUGAGAAAGCCAGAGAUGACACUGACCAACCAAAUCUAUGUGGUACCCAAACAGUGGAAUAAAGAAUAGAAACCCAAUAGUUGGCAGCAGUAAAAUGGGAAUCCAAACAAACAUUGCAAGAUCCAGUAAAUGACGGCGUCAAUUUGGACAGGACUCUUCAUUAUCUAGACACACUAAAUGUCAAAUUAACUGCCAAAAACAAAUAUGUGGAAACACAAUCCUCACUGAAAGACUCGAUGAGACUCGAUAUCAGAGUCCAUUCAGGGUUGAAUAGGGUAAAGAAAUUAACUUUUCAUUUGUGUGAUAUGUGCGCAUUAAGAAUGUAACAAUCUGGGAUGUAAUCCGAAAUUCUUUUUCCUCGGAAAUGAUAUAUUCCCUGAAAUUGCAUCCUCCAGUCACAGGACUUCAAACUCCAGAAUAUAUUCUUUCUUUGUUACCCCCUGCGAUAAGCAGUUAGCAUUUCCCCAAUUAACAUACUCAGAGCAGGGGGAAGACGGAGGUACGAAUGCUGGAUACCUGCUUAGGAGGAUGCUGAAAUUGUUAUAACUCAGUUUAGCAUUUAAUCAUCUAUUGAAGGCGGAAUCAGAUCUAGCAAGAUACUAACUACUAUAUUUGAUGAGCUAAAAUAUUUUAUAGCCUAAUAAAUUUAUAAUGUACUAGCCAGUAUAUUAGAUUUCUGUUUUUAUGGUUAACUUAUAAUUUCAAUGUCCACAUAUGGGGCAAUAUUGUCAGGCUAGGCGCGUCUACAGGCCUGUCAACUUGGGAACACCUAACAUGAGUGACUUGGAAAUGUUGAACACCUCACAGGUAUUUUUGCUUGACAAUUACCAGGUAAAAUGCGUAUUUGCGUGACAUUUUCUGUCACGCAAAAUUAACUGGCGUGACUUCAAAUUCUUCAGUAAAUGCGUGACAAAUACGCAAAUUGCGGGACAGUUGACAGGCCUGCGUCUAUUCACCUGUAUCUGUAUACCUGUCCGUCCGUACGUCCAGCAGUUUUCUCCAAAACCGCUAAUAUCACUUUCUUUGCUAAAAUGCUAGAAUUCUUGUCUGCACAGUUAUUUUUAAAACUUUAACAUCUUCAAUUCACAUCAUUCUACAUCUGGUUAGUUUUAAGACAUGUUAGCUCAGUUAUGACAGCCAUUUCACCCCAUGCAGACAGACCGCUUAAAAUAACAUUCGCAUGAUGUGAGACGACAUUCGGCAGGAAACAAAAACAUUUUGUCACCGAUGUAGCCACGGAGUAAAUUUCGUAAUUGCACGAAUUUCGUGCAUUAAAGCACGAUUGGCAUUGUCAUUGCAUGAGCUGGUUCAUUUUCUCUGCGAAUAAGCAGCUUUUCAGUUAAAAAAUAAUUGGUCAAUUUUAUGCCACGUAAGUUUACCAGUUACCCUUUUACCAGUUUCAGUGAUUUCUGGG